UCCCCAGGGGAGAGGCGUGGUUGGGCCGGGACCGAGGCCGCCUGAGGAAUAGCCGCGUCGGCCCGCGCAGCUUCCUGCCGGUGGCGGAGACUCCCAGAAUCUGUGCCGGCUUACUGUCCCGCCCCUGGGACCCGAGGAGAAGCCGCCGGCGUUAUCAUGCUGCUGCCCGUGUUCACUCUGAAGCUGCGCCAUAAAAUCAGCCCUCGCAUGGUGGCCGUGGGUCGCUACGACGGGACUCACACGUGCCUGGCGGCCGCCACCCAAGCUGGCAAGGUUUUUAUUCACAAUCCUCAUGCUCGUAGACAGCACCUAAAUACACCUCGUCUUCUCCAGAGUCCCCUUGAUGCAGAUGUUUCUCUUCUCAACAUUAACCAGGCAGUCAGCUGUCUUACAGCAGGAGUACUGAACCCUGAACUAGGAUAUGAUUGUCUUCUGGUGGGAACCCAGACUAAUCUUUUGGCCUAUGAUGUUUACAACAACUCAGAUUUAUUUUACAGAGAGGUUACAGAUGGGGCAAAUGCAAUAGUACUUGGGACAUUGGGAGACAUUGCAUCACCUCUUGCGAUUAUUGGUGGAAAUUGUGCUCUUCAGGGCUUUGAUUUUGAAGGAAAUGAUCUAUUUUGGACGGUUACUGGAGACAAUGUUCAUUCCUUAGCAUUGUGUGACUUUGAUGGAGAUGGGAAGAAAGAGCUUCUUGUUGGGUCUGAAGAUUUUGACAUCAGGGUUUUUAAAGAAGAUGAAAUUGUGGCAGAAAUGGCAGAAACAGAGACAAUUACUUCUCUUUGUCCAAUGUAUGGCAGUCGUUUUGGAUAUGCCCUUUCUAAUGGCACAGUUGGUGUUUAUGACAAAACAGCACGAUAUUGGAGAAUUAAAUCUAAGAAUCAUGCAGUGAGCAUUCAUGCAUUUGACCUUAACUCUGAUGGAGUAUGUGAACUUAUCACUGGUUGGUCUAAUGGAAAAGUUGAUGCCCGCAGUGACCGAACUGGGGAGGUCAUCUUUAAAGACAACUUUUCUUCAGCAAUUGCUGGUGUGGUGGAGGGAGAUUACAGGAUGGAUGGCCAUGUGCAGCUAAUCUGCUGUUCAGUGGAUGGAGAAGUACGGGGUUAUCUCCCUGGUGGUGCAGAAAUGAAGGGCAACCUGAUGGAUACAAGUGUAGAACAGGACCUGAUCAGGGAGCUAAGUCAGAAGAAACAGAACCUGUUGCUGGAACUGCGCAACUAUGAGGAAAACUCCAAGCAGGCUGAAUCAAGCAGCCCAAUGAAUGAGUCUGAUGCACAGCGGGGAAUUAUCCCAGCCAACACCAAGCUGCAGACAUCCCUGACAGUGAAUAUGGGCUCCGACAGCCAAGCUGCUCAUGUGGAAUUACAGAUCUCAACUUCAAACGACACCAUUAUCCGAGCAGUGCUUAUUUUUGCUGAAGGAAUUUUUCCGGGUGAAAGCCAUGUGGUGCAUCCCAGCAUUCAGAAUCUUUCCAGCUGCAUCCAAAUUCCCAUCAUGCCACCAAAAGAUGUUCCUGUGGACUUGCACAUGAAGACUUUUGUGGGCUACAGAAACAGCACUCAGUUUCAUGUGUUUGAAUUAACACGACAGCUCCCCCGAUUUGCCAUGUAUGCGCUGAGCAGCCCUGACUCUAUCAAAGAACCACUCAGUUUUGUUAACUUUACUGUCAGUGAACGGGUACAAAGGGUUGUCUUGUGGCUGAACCAGAACUUCCUGUUACCUGACGAUAGUGAAAUUCAAAGUGCUCCGUUCCAAAUCUGUUUCACAUCCCUACGAAAUAAUGGACAUCUCUGUAUAAAAAUAAAACCAAGUGGAGAGAUAACUGUCAAUACUGAUGAUAUUGAUCUGGCUGGGGAUAUCAUCCAGUCUAUGGCUUCCUUUUUUGGUAUUGAAGAUCUUCAGGUAGAAGCUGAUUUCCCUGUCUACUUUGAGGAGUUACGGAAAGUACUAGUUAAGGUGGAUGAAUAUCAUUCUGUGCACCAGAAACUCAGUGCUGAUAUGGCUGAUCAUUCCAAUUUGAUCCGUAGUUUGUUGGUCCGGGCUGAGGAUGCACGUCUUAUGAGGGACAUGAAAACAAUGAAGAAACGCUAUGUGGAACUUUAUGACCUUAACAAGGAUUUGUUAAAUGGUUAUAAAAUUCGCUGUAACAACCAUACAGAGCUUUUAGGUAACCUAAAAGCAGUAAACCAAGCUAUACAAAGAGCUGGUCGUCUUCGAGUUGGAAAACCAAAGAACCAGGUGGUUAGUGCUUGUCGAGAUGCAAUUCGGAGUAACAAUCUCAAUGUGCUAUUCAGGAUAAUGCGUGUGGGUACAGCUUCAUCAUGAGAGGUCAAAGAUGAUGAAAUGGUACCAGUCAUUGGGAGUGUUGGAGUUUUUUACCUUAGGCCCUUUAAAAUUAAUCCUAAAGAACUGAACAUUUAAAAAAAUCUUAAAAUGCCAUGAUUAUGAAACACAAAAUGAACCAUGCCCACGUUUCACUUGUGAAGCACCAUUGCUGAAAAAUAUUUGCAUUUUCUACUUUUAAAUGCUCCAUUUUCUUUUAGAAGAAUACAAAAUCAGUAUGUAGGAGAAUGAAAACUGAUAGGAAUAUUUUGAAACUAGUUGCUUAUAAUUUUUUCUUCAUGAAAUUGUUAUCUUAAAAAAUGUUUAAACUUCUUUUUUUAUAGCUAUAUCCAAUUUUUAUUAAAAUUUAAAAGUACCUUUGUGUGUAUUCUGGUUACUUGAAAAUCUUAGUGCUUUUGUUUCUAAGACUUAACAUGUAUUUGCUUCCAUUAUAAUUAUUAAAAUUGUGUUUGGAAUCUCGAUUAUAGGAGCUCUUAGGUUUAAAGUUUUCAAACAGAAUAACUUCUGCAAUUGAGAUUCUGAGAGUUAUUUGGGGACAUUGAGAGGUUAAGUGACUUUUCCAGGGUCAUACAAUUGGAAUUUACCACAAAUGGGACUUGAUUUUAGACCUUUCUUUCUCUAGGAGAGCUAGCUCUGUGAAAAUUAGUCUUGAUUUUCUAUUUUAUAAUUUAUUUCAUUGAUUCUAUUUAAAAAACAUUAUAUUCUGUAAUUUACAUCAGCCAUUUUUCUGUCUGAAUGUAGAAGCUUAAGAGUACAGAAAUUUAGUCUCCCUCUUAAAUUAAAUUCAAAGUUAAAAGAAAACUUUGAGUUAUGAGUUAUUUAAGAGAUUCAGUACCCUUAUAAAACACUUUAACUCUUGGGGAAUUAUUACCUCACAGCACAACCAGCAUAUCCAUUUCAUGCCCAGGAAACUUAGUAUCCCUUAUUAACUUCAUGCCUCCAGAAACUCCAUGACAUCUGUGCUUUCCUUGAAUGGACAAAUUGGGGGCAGCUAGAUGGUGCAGCAGAGCGAGUACUAGCUCAGGAUUCCAGAGGACUUAAGCUUAAUCAGGCUGUGUGACACUCGGCAAGUCACUUAACUGCAAUUAUCUUGCUUUCCAAAAAGAGUAGAGAGGCCUCAUCCUUGCCAAUUAAGGGUGAUUUCAUUCUCAGGUGCCUAUGAGUCUCUUUUUGUCCACUAU